GUCGCAGCAAUGUUGGCCCACUCCCUCUUCUCUCUCAUCGACUGUCUCCUGCUGUCGCCCUCUGCCAUCCUCCUAAUCGUCCUCUCCUGCACUGCUGUCUACGCUGUCCUCACUUGGCAACAACAUGGCAGCAUUCCUGGCCCCUGGCUGGCCAAAUUCACCGACUUGUACCGCCUCAUCGUGGUCUGGCGACGAGACUCUCACGACACCUAUCUCCGGCUGCACAAGCAACACGGCGAUAUCGUUCGGAUUGGCCCGAAUUGCCUCAGCAUCUCCAUGCCAGAUGUCAUUAACACGAUAUAUGGCAUAUCCGUCAAGGCGAGCAAGUCCGACUUUUACUCCGUAUGGCAGAACAUUGUCCACGGGAAGCGAACGGCCUCUCUGGUCUUCACGACCGACGAGCAGCAACAUGCUCUCAUGAAACGACCCGUCGCAAACGCAUAUAGUCUGAGCACGCUGGUUGAGUUUGAGCCACUGAUAGACUCGACGACUGCAGUUUUCCUGGACAGACUCGAUGAACAGUUCGCAGAGACGGGAAAGACAUGCGAUCUUGGCACAUGGCUGCAGUGGUAUGCGUUUGAUGUGAUUGGCGAACUGACGUUGUCGAAACGUCUUGGAUUCAUGGAACGUGGCGAGGAUGUCGAGAACAUUGCCGCUUCCAUCGGAGCGAACUUUGAUCGCUGUUCAGUGCUGGGUCAGAUGCCCUGGCUGGACACGUGGAUAUACAAGAAUCCUCUGUACCAAAAGCUGUUUGUCAAGGGCAAAGUCAACCCAAUCAUUGCUUUCGGCCAACGUCGUCUGCAAGAAAGGCUGGAAGGCAAGGGUGACGAAGGCGCUACACAACACACCAGCCUCAAGGAUUCCGAGUUGAACGAGAAAGUCUUGAAUGGCACGCUGCCCAGCAAACCAGACUUCCUCUCCCGUUUCCUCCGACUCCACGAAGAACAGCCGGAAAUCGUCACGGAUCAAGCACUUCUCGCCUACCUCUUCAUCAACAUCAACGCAGGCUCCGACACGAUCGCCUCCACUGCACGAGCCAUAUUCUACUACCUUCUCAAGCACCCCACGACUCUGACGAAGCUCCAACACGAGCUCGAGGCAGCAAAAGACAACGGAAAACUAACUGCUCCUUUACCAACUUUGUCCGAAGUCCAAGUCCUGCCAUACUUGAACGCAGUAAUCAAAGAAGCCCUCCGUCUCAACCCCGCUCUCGCACUACCACUCGAACGCAUCACUCCCGCCCAAGGUCUCCAAAUCGGCGAAGCCUUCAUCCCACCCGGCACGAUCAUCGGAAUCAACCCCUGGGUUCUCCAUCGCGACACCCGCAUCUUUGGCGCGGAUGCCGAGGAAUGGAAUCCCGAUCGAUGGCUCCGCGACGAUGCGGAGCAGGAGCAGGUCAAGUAUAUGGAUCAUCACAUUUUGGCUUUUGGUGCGGGGAAGAGGACAUGUUUGGGGAGGAAUAUUGCCAUGUUGGAAAUGUCCAAGUUGGUUCCGGCGCUGGUGAUGAGGUAUGAGAUGAAGUUGAAGGAUCCCGAGAGGAAUUGGGAGGUGUGGAAUUCUUGGGCUGUGAGGCAGGAGGGAUUGGAUGUGAUUUUGACGAGGAGGAGGGCGUAGAGGAAGACUGUAGACAUUGGACGUCUCGUUUUAGACUGGCUGGCUGGCUGGCUGGCUAUAUCUAUAUCUCUC